GGCGGCGGCGGCCUCGCGCAUGCUCCAGGCGCGGCGGCUGAGGCGGCGGGCAGUGCCCGGGGCGGGGCCCCGGCGGCGGCGAGAUUGACCACCAAUGAUGCAAAAUAUGGCCUUGUUGAAGACAGUUUCAUGUAUAAAAGACAGACUCUUCUUUCCCAAAAGAAAAACACAAGUAAAAUAGAUGACCAAAUGAAUGAUGUUGAACUAGAAUUCUAGAUAUCAAAAUGUCCAUUUUUUUGAAUUUUAUAAGUAAGAUAAGCAGAUUGUAUUUUUACAAACACCUGUUUUGAGAUAUGCCUUUUAGCAGUUCUUUCCUAAAUAUUCUCCAUUUGGAAUCACUUGAAUUUUGUAGUGAUUUUCUUUUUUUAAGACAUAGUCUUCUGCGAGACUCUGUCUUCUGAUUAAGGGCCUGCUUUUGAUUUUUUUAAUUUUUUAGAGUCUCCACGUUUCAUGGGCUUUGUUAGAAGAUUGGAAAGGUGCCUUGAUGUGAAAGUCACAGGAUCAAAAAAGACAUUAACUUGGAAGCUCCAAAGGGAAAGGAUACUGGUCUAGUCAAUCAGACUGUUUUGAAUCCAGGUGGACCAGUUAAGACCUUAGCUACUUCUAUCUUUGGAGAUAGUGUUGAGAAAUAGAUUGCUCACCUUCUAUACAUGCAAUAAUUGAAACAUGGCAUGGGUGAAGUUCUUACGGAAACCUGGGGGCAACCUGGGAAAAGUUUACCAGCCUGGAAGUAUGCUAUCACUAGCCCCUACCAAGGGCUUAUUAAAUGAACCAGGACAAAACAGUUGCUUUCUAAACAGUGCCGUACAGGUUUUAUGGCAAUUGGAUAUAUUUCGCCGGAGUUUACGCAUUCUAUCUGGACAUGUUUGUCAGGGAGAUGCCUGCAUAUUUUGUGCUUUAAAGACAAUAUUUGCACAGUUUCAGCACAGUCGAGAAAAAGCGCUUCCCUCCGAUAAUAUCAGACAUGCCCUGGCAGAGAGUUUCAGAGAUGAACAGCGGUUUCAACUUGGCUUUAUGGAUGAUGCUGCUGAGUGCUUUGUGAGAAAAUAUCUUGAGAAGAUUCAUUUUCAUAUUGUGCCAGGUAGAGAUUCAGAUAUGUGCACCUCGAAGUCCUGCAUUCCUCACCAGAAGUUUGCCAUGACUCUCUAUGAACAGUGCGUGUGCCGAACCUGUGGAGCAUCCUCCGAUCCUCUGCCCUUUACAGAGUUUGUCCGGUAUAUUUCUACAACAGCCCUUUGUAAUGAAGUGGAAAAAAUGAUUGAAAGACAUGAACGCCUAAAGCCUGAAAUGUUUGCAGAAUUAUUGCAAGCUGCAAAUACUACUGAUGACUUUAGAAAAUGUCCUAGUAACUGUGGCCAAAAAAUAAAAAUCCGCCGUGUUCUAAUGAAUUGCCCUGAGAUCGUCACAAUUGGCUUAGUUUGGGAUUCUGAGCAUUCUGAUCUGACUGAGGAAGUUGUUCGCAAUCUGGCUACACACCUUUAUCUUCCAGGGUUGUUUUAUAGGGUAACUGAUGAAAAUGCCAAGACUAGUGAGCUUCAUCUUGUUGGCAUGAUCUGCUAUACCAGCCGACAUUACUGUGCCUUCGCUUUUCAUACCAAGAGUUCCAAGUGGGUGUUCUUUGAUGAUGCCACUGUGAAAGAGGUUGGGACUAAAUGGAAAGACGUGGUCUCCAAGUGCACGAGAUGUCAUUUUCAGCCACUGCUUCUGUUUUAUGCAAAUCCGGAUGGUUCAGCUGUGUCCACUGAAGAUGCUCUUAGACAUGUCGUCCACUGGUCCUAUUAUAAAACCUCUGCUGAUGAAGACCUGGGUUUUGAAAGGCCCUCUACUCAUAAACCAGAAAGUACCAAAGAAGAUGGAUACGGUCAUCAGGUGAAGCAGAGAAUCAAUCAAAAAUUGCAUGUUGAUGACACUGUGGCUUUGACUCGCAGCCCUGUCUUGGCGAGUGGUGGGAAAGGACCAGUUAAAUUUGAUCAUAGUGACCAGAGGGAGAAGCUCAAGGACAUUUCUAGGGAAUGUGCUCAAAAAGCCGCUGAACAGAAAAACUUCCUCUCCUCCCAAAGAAGAGAUUUGGAGAGGGAACAGAGGAAAGAGACUGGGAGACACCGAGAGUUGCCCAGUGAAGAUCUAUCUCGCUUCAAAUCUGGAGCACCCCUUGCUGCCUCAGCAAAUGGAUUUCGGCAGCAUGGCAGCCAACCUGGAUCUUCCAGCCAAGGGAGAGGGUCUUCCCGACAUGAGCGUGCCACACUCCAGAGUCGGCCCUCCACACAAGUGCCAAAUUCAGUCAAACCCCAGAUGCUUGCUUCAGGGGAAAAGAUAACCAGCAAAGGGAGAAGUGACAGUGCCACUGGAUAUGACACAGACAGCAGCCAAGACUCUCGGGACAGGGGCAGCACCUGCAGUGGCAGCAGUGGCCGCAGCCGGGCCCGCAGCUGGAAACCAAUGAGAGAGACGCUGAAUGUUGACAGCGUUUUCAGUGAUGCUGAGAAGAGACAUGCUGCUCCAAAGCACAAAGCAAAUAGUAAAUCCAAACACAGCCAAGAUCAGAGAGGUAACAACUGGCCCAAAGAGACAACCAAGCAAAAAGGUUUAAUGACCAUAUAUGAAGAUGAAGGAAAGCAGGAGACUGGAAGCAGGAGUUCCCUUGAAUCUACUGGGAAAGGACCUGAGAAAGGGAAAGGCCUUAUGGAGAACAAGGUUCUCAAUGAUGGUGGGCAGAUACAAAGGACUGAGUCGGGGUAUGAAAGCAGUGAUCGGAUCAGUAGUGGGUCUGCCAGCUUGGAUUCCCCACUCCUGGAAGGGAACACAGCAAAUCCCAAUAGUACAAGAGAAACACGGUCUGGCAGUAACCAGAUUCAAUCAAGUAAACUGAAUGUAGACAGUUUGCAACAAAACUCCCGACAGUGCAAAGACCAUCUGGAAGAUAUGAGAGAAAACAUCAAGAUUUCAGAAAUGGCCUGUGGACCCCCUGAUUUCCAUCCAGAUUUGCAUCUACAAUUAGAGAAUCCUUUAAUGAAGAGAUUUCAUGUGCACGAUACCAGUGAGAAGUUUUUGUCCCCAUCGAAUCCACAGAUUUUCAAGGACCAUGAUACAAGAGAAUACAUCCCCCAACCAAGUGAAAAGCAGCUUGAAAUUUCAAAUGAAUGUCAUUUUCCUGAAAGGCUUAAUUCAGAAAGGCCUGAAAAAAAUGGUCCAUCUUUGCUCAGUGCUAAGGGAUCUGUCCCCUUUCACAUCCCUGAUCAUUCUGCCUCAACCAAGUUAGUUGACAGCGAUGAGACUCUCUCCUCAUCCCAAUCAUCAGUACACAUGAAAGUGGUUGAAUCCUUUGCCCAGCAAAGUCUGGGAGAACUCUGCAGCUCUGCUAAGCAGGUUACUGUCACUCACUGUGUGCAGCCUGUCAGCCCCUCUGAUAACUCUGGGGUGUUAGAACCUGCCACUUGCCAGAGUUUGCCACCUCCUUUGCCUCCAAAGAGGUAUGCUAAAGCCAUGGCAGUGUCACGGUCAGAGAAGAAAGAAUUCAGCCCUGAGCAAGAAUUCUCAGGGAGGGGAAAAGCUAAGCCUCCAAGCCUCCAGAAGCAUGCCAUCAGCAUUCCUUCCCAGGUGGGAUCAGAAACAAGACUGAAAGAAAUAGGCCAAGGGAAAGAACUUGCUGAGUACAAACCGAGAAUCCGAUCCAGCCCUUCCACUGAUGUCCAUAUCCCUCUGGAUUCAGUUAGUAAAGGUGUUCCCCAGAGUGAAGCAUGGGCCAGUAUGCCAGAGCCACCUGGGUUAGUUUCCCUUACCACUUACUUUUCUGUUGAUAACUGUAUGACUGACACGUACAGAUUGAAAUACUGCCAGAGACCUAGGCUUUGUUUUUCAGAGAGCAGUGACAAAAAUGGUAACAAAUCUCUAUCCCAAACUGAAACAAGGCUGAAAGCUGUGUUCCAUGAAGAUUUGGAGCCAGCCAAUGUAUAAGCCUGGCCUGCUAUGUGAGCAACACAGAGAGACUUUACUAAGGUCAGCAAGCAAGCACUACUCAGUCCACUCAAGACAGUAGAGUAGGAACCAACCAAGUUAGUUGAUGAGAUUUGGGGUGAAACAGAGUUAGAGUUAGAAUAGAAGCUUGCAAGCCUUGGCAUUUGACGCUUUGACACCUGUUGGGCCUGGGCCCUUCUUUGUUGAUGUUGUGUUCACAGCAUUCUAACCCUUCAUAAAUGGGACUCCUUGGGAUUCAUUGUGCACAUAGGCGUCAGAAGCUGCUGCAGAAACUGUUCAAGCAACCAUGUGUAUAGUCAGCCAGUAACCUUCAGGGUAGUUAGAUAAAUGUGUAUGCAACUCACCAGCAGUUACAUAUACCUGAUCAAUGUUGCCAUGUGUCUAAUAUGACACGGCUUGUCAGAGCAGUAUUUGCUUAUAAGGAAGCACUUUUCAUGGGUAAACUGCCAGAGGUUUUACCCAUAAUCUUGUUUGUUUUUUGACUUCUAUGAUAGUCUACUACCUAUGAUACCUUCAAGUGUCUUAAAUAGAUUAAUGUGUAAAUUUUAUCCUUUUUAUAGUAUUUGGGAGGGGAAAAAGCCUUAAACAUGAAUGAUUUCGACACUAAAAUUUCAAAGUCAGGAACAGAAGGGAAGUAAUCUCUCCCUCCUAGAGCUCUAUUUUUGUGUUUCAUUGAAAAUCCAUUAUUGAGAAUGCCUCUUCAGCAGUAGCAUAGAUGUAUAUCAAGCCACUGAGUUUGGUAUGCCAUGAAUUUUACUUCAGUCACGUAAGCUAAAAAUAUUCGGAUAUUAACCUUUAGGAGAUUUUAUCUAUUAAUUGUUGUCUCUAAUUUUAUGUGAAUCCUGAAGGUGUUGUUUAUGUGUUGUAUUUUGGAAGCUAAUAACCAAUGCUAUGAAAUGGCGCCAGACCCUUAUUGUGAGCCACCAAUAAAUACUUUCCAUGGCUGCCUGAAUCUUUUCCCAGAAAUUGUGAACUUCAUUUAAUAAUCCAGCAAAUUGAUUUCUAUGUCUAUCCUUAAAUUUGGAAAAUUUACUCUUCAGAUGGUCAGUUGGAAUUCAGUGUUAAUAAAAUGUUAUUCUGAAUCAUUCUUUGCAUUUUAAAGCAGAUAUCUUCUCAUUCCAGCUAGCCUUUGCAUAAAAAAAGUAGAGCAAAGUACAGUUCUUUUGCUCUAAGCCUGUGGCCUUGGGCUGUUAUAUCAUAUGUAUGUAAAUGAAACAGAAUCCUGAAGAUAUGUGAUGUUUCUGCUUUUUGUCUGCAAAGGGUCUUAAAACCUGGAAUUUGUAUACUACCUGAGACCUAAUUAACUAUGCCCUCAUUUUGAAUGCAAUUGUUCACAUACUACUUGCUUCUUCACUCUACUUGCUAAUUAAGUAUCUUACAAUUUCUACCUUAAAAUAAGAAUUGAGGAAGCAGCUUUUCAGAAUGUUUAAGGAAGGGAAAAGGCGCUAAACUAGAUUUAGAGAAUUAAAAAUUACCAAAGAUAAAACGGAUACUUCACAAUAGUUUAUAUUCACCAAUACUUUAUAUUACUAGUAAAAUUCACAAUCCGUUUCUUGCUGCUAUUUGUUCUUUCUUGGUCGGUCACAUGUCCAGGGAUGAUUCCUUGGCUGAUAAGAGCCUCCAAGAUGUCUGUAAAAUUCUACUUUAAAAAAUCUGCUUAUUUAUUUAAAUUGAAUUUUUAUUAAAAUUUGCAAAGCAGAUUAUUUUUCUCUGAAUCACCUGAUCAUAAAUUGUACUUAAGAGUAUUUGAGAAUACUCUGAAAUAUUGAGAUAAUGUAAAUUGCUAUGCUUUAGCAUAGUAGAAAUUAAUUACUUGUACAAAGUUUGUAUAUUUAUUUUGUAACCAAAUCUUGGCCUGACUUAUGUUUGUCUUCCAUUUAUUCUAAAAAUUUUCAAAGGUUUGAAAGUCCUCCUCCUACUGCUCUCAAUAAUUUAGUUUAUAUCUUUAAACAAUUUAGAAAUACUUGAACAGACCAAAUAAAAUGCAUUUUAUCUUUUAUCCAAAGCUCUAUUAUAAAGCUUUUAGUAUUGACAUUUGUACAUAAUAUAAAGUUUGACUUUGCUGCUUAAAUAAUUGGAACAUCAGCAAUAGACUGACUCACUUCAAGCAUUUCAAAAGAUUCAUUAAUGUAUGGUGGAAAGGAGUGCAAUUGUUGCUUUCAACUCUAUAUUAAUCCUGAUUUCCAGAUAUUUGAAAGGUCUUUGGUAUUGGCACUUUAUCAACACUGAGUAUACCAACUAUCAAAUACAAAUAGGCUAUUUAUUCCAGGUACUACUUUUAGUUAAAGCCUUUGGUUUACAGCUUUUAUUAAAUUACACAGCAGUGGUAAAACUACAAAAUGUCAUUACUUUUUAUAUUUGAAUGUAUACUCCUUAUGCAGGCAGAAUUUCUAAUUGCUAAUUUAUCAUGCACAUUUUAAAUUUUUGAUUUUAAUUUUAGGGUGCCUAUUUUUAUAAUUUGAUUAUGAAGUUUUCAUGGUAAUUUUUGUAAUGUGUUGAACAGUUCUUGUAAUGAAAAAAAUGUUUCAAACUAUCUUUAGAAUGCUCUAUUUUCCUAGGAAAUCAUUUUCUUCUAGUUUAAAAUUGUUAAAAGGUAAAUAAGUUUUAAAUUAGAUUGUGCAUUUGUGUUCUUGAUAUGUAUGAACUGUGUUUUUUGGGAGGGAGGGAGACACACUGGCUAUUUGUUUGCUUUUAUGGGAAAUGCAAACAAAACUAAUUGUCUAUUGCUGGACAACUAGACCCUAAUGAUCAUUUGUUCAGUUUUUCAGUCAUGCCAGACUCUUUGCGAACCCCAUUUGGGAUUUCUUGGUAAAGAUAUGGGAGUUGGUUGCCUUUUCCUUUUCCAUAUCAUUUUACAGAUGAAAAAACUAAGAAAAACACACAGCUAGUGUCUAAAGCCAGACUUGAAUUCAGAAACAUGAUUCUUUCUGACUUCUGGCCCAGCUUUACAUCCACUAUACUACCUAGCUAUCCUUAGCUGAUCUGAUUAUAGCCAAGCCCUUGAAAGAAGUGCUGGUGCAAGUUCAGAAAAGUCAUAAAGUUUGUUACCAUCUAGCCAGUUUUAUUGGCUAUGCUUUCCAUACAGUUCACUUCCAGUUCUGGGAGAGAGGAACCUUUAGUCACAAUGUUGGAAACAUUUUUGGAGAGUGGGACAGAGGAGUGGUAGAUCUAAUUUCCUCCAUUAAAAUACUUUGGCUUUUUUGAGUAUCUUAUUCCUUUUCCAAAUGUAGGGAUGUUUAGAACCUUGUAAGGCUAAAGAAUGUCCUAGAAGAUGGCAUGGGGAAAAUGAG